AUGAGUCUCGGUGGUGUAAAUGGACUCUCAAGAAGAGGUUUACUGGAUGCAUGUAAAAGUAACGAUGAUUGUAUUUCUGGUCAAGUAUGUGGUACUGAUGAAGUGUGCCAUCUUAAUCAAGGAGCAACUUGCGACAUCAACUCUGACUUUUUUUGCGUAACUUCUAUUUGUCGUAUUGUUGGAAGUGAUACCCUCAAAUGUCAACUUACUGAUACUCGCCCUACUAGAGAUGAUCUACAUAUCAUAAGAUAUAAUUCAAGAUCAAAACCAAUGAUUCUUAAAGGCAUUAUAGAUUCAUAUGGCAGUGAUAUUGUAGCUAAAAUUGGGAGAAAGGAAAGAUUAACACAUGAAUACAAUGUCUUAAAAUUUAUCAAUGAAAGUAUUUCAAAAGCAGAUCUGCUACCAGAAGAGGCACUUUCCAUUCAUAAUGCUAUAAAAGAUAUAGCCCAAUUUUUAGAAGAAUUUCAAUUAGAACAAAAUACAACAGUAUCACAUGGCAGCAUGACCAGAUUUUUUGCAUCAAAUAAUUAUCUUGAUGCUGCUUACAGAGAUGAACAGUACCUUUACACACAUCAAGAUUAUUUAGAAUUUUUAUUUUAUUCCUACAAGUUUCAUUGUGCAACCUAUAUGGAUAAUGAAAUAGCUGGACAACCCCAGGCAUUACAAAAAUCGGGUAGACCAUUGAAAUCCAUAAGAGCUCGUUUAAAGGGUAAAGAAGGUCGUCUUAGAGGAAAUCUUAUGGGUAAACGUGUAGAUUUCUCUGCUCGUACAGUAAUUACUGGUGAUCCAAACAUAUCGGUUGAUGAAGUUGGUGUACCUCGUAGCAUAGCUCAAAAUUUAACAUUUCCAGAAUUAGUAACGCCUUUUAAUCUUCCACAUUUACAAAGUUUGGUUGAACGAGGCCCUACCGAACAUCCUGGUGCUAAAUAUGUUAUAAGAGAUACAGGCGAAAGAAUAGAUCUCAAGUACACAUUAAGCUCAGCCUCUAGUGUUAGACUACAAUUAGGUUGGAAAGUGGAACGUCAUAUUAACGAUGGUGAUAUAGUGAUAUUUAAUCGUCAGCCGUCAUUACAUAAAAUGUCAAUGAUGGGACAUAGAGUUCGUGUGAUGCCAUAUUCAACAUUUCGAUUAAAUUUAUCCGUGACAACUCCUUAUAAUGCUGAUUUUGAUGGUGAUGAGAUGAAUAUGCAUGUUCCUCAAUCCGUCGAAACCAAAGCUGAAAUAUCCGAAAUUUGCAUGGUACCAAAACAAAUCGUAUCGCCCCAAUCGAAUAAACCAGUCAUGGGUAUUGUGCAAGAUACUUUAUGUGCUGUUCGUAAAUUCACAAAAAGAGAUUGCUUUUUAACAAAGGAUCUUGUGAUGAAUAUAAUGAUGUGGGUAUCUAACUGGGAUGGAAUCCUUCCUAUACCAUGUAUCAUAAAACCAUAUCCUUUAUGGACUGGUAAACAAAUUCUAAGCAUGAUCAUACCUAAGGGUAUAAAUUCUGACAAUCUUCGUCAUUCUACUCAUCCUGACAACGAGAAUACAGAUAUUUCACCUGGUGACACUAGAGUAGUAAUAGAAGAUGGUGAAUUGCUUUGUGGAAACCUAAAUCAAGAUGAACAACUAUAUAGAGGUGUAGGACAACUUCAUGAACGUUUUCUAUCAAUGUUUGAAGCACAGCCAACAAGAUCAUUUGGGUUCCCUAUUCUUACAGAUUUUGAUCAAGGAUUUAUUUUGUUUAAAGCAAUAAAAAAUGAUAAUGGUUUGACAUUUUUGAGAUCGGAGAUUGAACAAAUGGAUGUGGGUCGCAUGACUUUAUACUGUCUUUUUAGAGCUCUCCCUUCACAACUUGGUAGUAAUCACCUGUUUAAUAUGCCACCUUUUAUUAGUAUUCAUAAUAUUGCAAUAAAGGAUCUACAUAUCAUAAGAUAUAAUUCAAGAUCAAAACCAAUGAUUCUUAAAGGCAUUAUAGAUUCAUAUGGCAGUGAUAUUGUAGCUAAAAUUGGGAGAAAGGAAAGAUUAACACAUGAAUACAAUGUCUUAAAAUUUAUCAAUGAAAGUAUUUCAAAAGCAGAUCUGCUACCAGAAGAGGCACUUUCCAUUCAUAAUGCUAUAAAAGAUAUAGCCCAAUUUUUAGAAGAAUUUCAAUUAGAACAAAAUACAACAGUAUCAAAUGGCAGCAUGACCAGAUUUUUUGCAUCAAAUAAUUAUCUUGAUGCUGCUUACAGAGAUGAACAGUACCUUUACACACAUCAAGAUUAUUUAGAAUUUUUAUUUUAUUGCUUGAUUGACAUAAUUUUACCUCAUCGGAAAUUUUUACCAUGGUUUAAUAGUUUUAGACAAUUCUGGAUUGUAAGGAAGUAUCAUAUGGAGGAUGCAAAUAGAUGGAUAGAUUUUAAGAAUCAAGCAUGCAAUUUGUUAAUUAUUGAAAAUAUAAAAGAUCCAGAAAAAUUAGUAGAGAUGUUGGAAUGUUUUCAUCAGCAUUUGUAUAUUGAUAAGGUGGGAAAUUGGUUAGAUGAAGAAUGUCAUCAUUGA